CCCCCCUUUUAAUAGAGAACCUCAGACGGCUUGCGUCCUCUGGAAACAUGUCAAAGGAUCUUCACCCCACCAUGGACCCCACAAAGAUGGGAGCUGGACGCUCCAUUGCUGUGCUGACGUCAGGAGGAGAUGCUCAAGGUAUGAAUGCUGCUGUGAGAGCUACAGUCAGAGUUGGUCUCUACACUGGAGCCAAAGUCUACUUUGUUCAUGAGGGCUACCAGGGCCUGGUGGAUGGAGGAGACAACAUUCGUCCUGCUACAUGGGAGAGUGUUUCCAUGAUGCUUCAGCUGGGAGGAACUGUCAUUGGCAGUGCCCGCUGCAAAGACUUUAGAUCCAGGGAGGGUCGCAUGAAAGCGGCCUGCAACCUGGUGAAGCUCGGCAUCACCAACCUGUGUGUGAUAGGAGGUGACGGAAGCCUCACCGGGGCCAACGAGUUCAGGACAGAGUGGAGCGGACUUCUGGCUGACUUGGUCCGAGCUGGUAAAAUUACGGAAGAUGAAGCCAAAAAAUCCUCUCACUUGAACAUCGUGGGCAUGGUUGGCUCCAUCGACAAUGACUUCUGUGGUACCGACAUGACCAUUGGUACUGACUCAGCCCUGCACCGCAUCAUAGAGGUGGUGGACGCCAUUACCACAACCGCACAGAGUCACCAGAGGACCUUCAUACUGGAGGUGAUGGGCAGACACUGUGGGUACCUAGCCUUGGUGACUGCUCUGGCCUGUGGUGCAGACUGGGUCUUCAUUCCAGAGAUGCCACCAGAUGAUGGCUGGGACAACCACCUAUGCAGGAGGCUGGCAGAUCAAAGGGCCAGAGGUUCUCGUCUCAAUGUGAUCAUUGUGGCAGAGGGAGCAAUUUCCAGAGACGGCAAACCGAUUUCAUCUGACAAAAUUAAAAAGCUGGUGACUGACAGACUUGGGUUUGAUACGCGCACCACCGUCCUUGGACACGUGCAGAGGGGAGGAACACCCUCUGCCUUUGACAGAAUCCUUGGCAGCAGAAUGGGAGUAGAGGCGGUGAUGGCGCUUUUGGAGGCCACACCAGAAACCCCAGCCUGCGUGGUCAGCCUCUCUGGGAACCAAGCGGUCAGGCUGCCGCUCAUGGAGUGCGUGCAAGUGACCAAAGAUGUGACUGCUGCCAUGGCUGAAGGCAGGUUUGAGGAUGCUAUCAAGCUCAGAGGAAAGAGUUUUGAAAACAACUGGAACACAUACAAGCUGCUGGCCCACAUUAACCCCCCAGAUGUUAAAAGCAACAUCAAUGUAGCCAUUAUGAAUGUUGGCGCUCCUUGUGCUGGCAUGAAUGCAGCAGUGCGCUCAGCGGUCAGAAUGGGCAUCAUCCAGGGUCACAACAUGUUGGCUGUUCACGAUGGCUUUGACGGCCUCGCACAUGGACAGGUAGAGCCAAUCAACUGGACUUCCGUGAGUGGCUGGACUGGAAUGGGAGGCUCCCAGUUGGGCACCAAGAGAACUCUUCCAGCUAAAUUGAUGGAGGACAUCAGCCAGAACAUUGCAAAGUUUAACAUCCAUGCCUUGGUGAUCAUUGGAGGAUUUGAGGCCUAUGUGGGAGGUCUGGAGCUGGUCCAGGCCCGAGAGAAAUACGAGGAAAUGUGUAUCCCUAUGGUGGUUAUCCCUGCCACCGUUUCCAACAAUGUUCCUGGCUCUGACUUCAGCAUUGGCGCCGACACCGCUCUCAACACGAUCACCUCUACGUGUGACAGGAUUAAGCAGUCAGCAGCAGGGACCAAACGUCGCGUUUUCCUCGUUGAGACGAUGGGUGGCUACUGUGGCUAUUUGGCCACUAUGGCAGGCCUGGCUGCUGGGGCUGACGCUGCCUACAUCUUUGAGGAAAAAUUCAACAUUAAAGAUCUGGAGGUGAAUGUUGAGCAUCUUUUGGAGAAGAUGAAGACAACGGUAAAAAGAGGCUUGGUUCUCAGGAACGAGAACUCUAAUGCCAACUACACCACAGACUUCAUCUUCAAUUUAUACUCAGAAGAAGGAAAAGGCAUCUUUGACUGUCGCAAGAAUGUCCUGGGACACAUGCAGCAGGGCGGUACUCCAACACCUUUUGACAGGAACUUUGGCACUAAGAUGGGUGCCAAGUCGGUCCUGUGGGUCACUGAAAAGCUUAAAGAGUGCUAUAGACACGGUCGUAUCUUUGCCAAUACGCCAGCCUCUGCCUGUGUGUUGGGCAUGAAGAAGCGGGCGCUCACCUUCCAGCCCCUGGCUGAUUUAAAGGGAGACACCGAUUUUGAACACCGCAUUCCAAAAACACAGUGGUGGCUAAAGAUCAGGCCGAUCAUGAAGAUCCUGGCUAAGUACAACAUCAAACUGGACACAUCCGAACAUGCCGACAUGGAGCAUGUGAUCAAGAAGAGGACUACCCUCGGAAAUUAAGGGGACACCGGUGAAUGACACUCUGUAUUUUGGUCGAAAAGUGUUUCCUUUAUUGGUCUACUUUACACAAGCAACAGGGUUUCAAAUGAACGAUUACCGGUAAAUAUUAUAUUUUGAACUUGUUUCGUAUGAUUUUGCAUUAAAUGUGGACAUUUAAAAUAGACUUGGCAAGUUGCGAUGACCACCCCCAAAUGGUUAUGUAAUUGUUGGGGUUUUUAUGUCACUUUGUUUGUUAGAUCAAAGAAUAAAGAAACUUAUUAUACAAGCACACAUUUGAUUUUAGUUUAAUUUAGUACCAAGGUCCCAGAUUUAGCCUAAUGAAUACAACAAGACCGUUAGCAAUAUGGUAAGAACAUAAUAAUUCCAAUAAUAAUCUGGAUAAUUUCUACCACAUAACCUUACGUUUGUAUGCAUGCUAACAGCCAUGUGUCCCACCUCCACCCACAGAUACAAGUGAGUAGAUGACUGACAAGAGGGUUCACUCAGUUAUUUCAUUCCCCUAUGGAUAAUUGAAAUGUUUCAGUCCGGAUCACCGUCUGGAUUCAGCACUUUUAAAAAAAACAAAAACAUUUUUGACACAAAGUUAACAGAAAUACAAUAAAACACAAAUCAAAUGUUCUUCUUUCCGCCACCCAUAAGAACAAAUAUCAGUCAAAUAAGUACAUGCAAAUAUUGAUAUAAAGCCAAAGACGACUGCACUUCCGAAUGGUUCUGAAUUCAGAAAUACACAAAAGCAAACAAAAGCCCCAUCAAUCACCCACAAUUCAACCAUGUCUCAAACGGGGCUAAACUGGGGGGUAUUCUCCUUUUACAUAUUUUAAGAAAGCAUCCCAUACUUCUUGGACUUUGAACAACCAUUCAAUGUCAGCUUAUUUUCUCCAAUUUAUGUAACGAAAUUUCAUUCUUAUCUGUGCUGUAAAGUUCAAAUUUGAAUGACAAUAAAAAGGAAGUCUAAGUCUAGUCAAUUUAAAGAAAUAAAAAAUAUCAGGCGUAAUAGGGA